AUGGCGAGGAAAGGGACGGUGAAUCUACCACCGGGUUUCAGGUUCCACCCCACCGACGAGGAGCUGGUGCUGCAGUACCUACAGAGGAAGGUCUUCUCCCGCCCGUUGCCGGCCGCCGUCAUCCCCGAGCUUGAGCUUCUCUCCAGAUACGACCCAUGGGACCUUCCUGGUUAGCCUCUUCCCCUCCCACCUUCGAAAGAGAAGAAACCCUAGUCUGUUUCUCCAUGCUGUACCUUCUUUCCUCUGUUUCCUCUCACAUUCUCGAGAAAACCGAGCCCCGGACCUUCCGAAUUCGGUCGUGGACCACCCCAGUUAUGAAACUUUUCUGCGAUUAAUGGCAGAAACCGAAUGCGGGACUUGGGUGAUUAGAUUAUGCUGAGAAGUGGGCUUUUCUGGUCGUCAGGUUGUCCGGACAGGGAGAGGUACUUCUUCUGCAUCAGGCCGGAGAAGCAAAGGAGGUGCCCCCAUCGGGCCUCCUCCUCCGGCUACUGGAAGUCCAUGGGGAGGAGCAGAGAUAUCGUCGCCUGCAACCAGGUGGUGGGUAUUAAGAAAUCGCUCGUCUUCAACCUUCGGAAGGGCUCCAAUGGCUCCAGGACAGACUGGUUCAUGCACGAGUACCGCCUCGCCGGCAUCUUCCUUCAGCAGAAGAAGCUCUCCUUCGUAAGCCCUCCCUCUCCCUCUCUCUCUCUCUCUCUCUAAGUGGUAUGGGAUCAGAGGCUUGUGGUCAAUGGCGUCGAGAUGGGGGGAGACGGGGUCAGCCGCAAUCUUAUGUGGUCCCCUUCCCCCAACAAGCGAAUCGCCGUCGGCGGCGACCUUGGAAGGCGACCAGCUUAGCUUUCGUCUGUUGAAUAUUUCUAGUCAUAGAGAGAGAUUGUGAAUGGGAUCGGUCAAAUAAGGCACGCCUUACAGCCACCUCUCUCUCUCUAUCUCUAUCUCUAUCUCUCUAUGUGACGCGACGUUGCUUCUGCUGAGGGUGCAGGGCUCGACGGUGGAGGAAUGGGUGCUCUGUCGGAUAUUCAGGAAGAGAGUCGGUAAAGGCGGCGCCGCCGCCGAGGAGGACGCCGGCUGGGGGCGCCGCCUCCCCAAUCUGAUAACGUUGGGGAGUUCCCCGUCGGACUCGGAAUCGAGCUGCGUGACAGAGGAGGCCUCCGACGACGAUGGCGACGACAACGACGAGGGCAGCUGCCGGAGCUCUUCUUCCCCAUUGUUGUCCCCCAGAAGAGAUCCUUAG